AGGUGGUGAUUAAGAAAGGGAAAGGGACGGAAUCGGUGGGUGACCAUCCAGGAGUUCUAAAGCGUCCACGUGGCAACCAUAACCAGAAGCCGAUCAACUGAUUUGCCCACCAAAGCGCGUAAAACGUACACAGUCCUCCGGAAAUAUUUGUUUUUUCCAUGCUCGCCGAUGUUUCAAUCCCUAAAAUUGUAUACAGAUUUUUUUUUCUUAUUUGCCAGCUUUUGUGCAUAAAAUUUCCUUCAAAUUUCUUGUUUGAAUUUUACAUCGCCCGAAUUUUCCUUGAUUACAUCGCAGUCGGACAAUUCCGAAGAGCAAGCUGGAGCUGCCGGUGGAGUUUAUGGAGGACUGUAUAUAGGGUUUCACAAUUUGUCAUAUUGAAGGGCUUUUUUGGUUUGAGGUUGCGAGGCAGGCUCGGAUGUUCGAAACGAAAUUUUACUUCAUUCAGAUUUAUUGUAGGGAGAAUUGCAAUGGCAGAUGUGGACUUGCUGGAACUCAAGUUCCGUCUUCAUGAUGGCACAGAUAUUGGACCUCACAAAUAUGAUUCAGCCAGUACCAUUUCUACAGUUAAGGAAAGCAUAAUUGGUCAGUGGCCACAAGACAAGGGAAAUGCUCCAAAAAGAAUAGAUGAUAUAAUGCUUAUCACGGCUGGGAAAGUUUUGGAGAACAAUAAGACUCUUACAGAAUCAUGGAUACCUAUGGGCGAGCUUCCAGUUGGGGUCAUCACAAUGCUUGUUAUAGUACGCUCUCCAAACAAAAAUUCAGAGAAGGAUCUUCCAAAGAGCAAAUGUUUGUGCAUUAUUAUGUAGAUUGGCACAGACCCCACAGAUACUGAACUUUCCAGCAUUCAAUGUAUUUUGUGGCACUGCAAUUAUUGUAUUGUUAAGUACUUGGUUUAUGAUUUCUAUUUUGUCCAUCGGACUUGAUAGGAAAUUAGAAGAAAAAAUUGCAUUUGUUUCAAUGAUUGAAGAAAACGAUGCAACUGUAAGUAAAAUGUUGAUUUAUUUUCAAAAUAGAGGUAUAUAUCUUCUUUUAGGUAGGUGAGCAGUCAGUAAUUCUUUGAUCUUCAUCUGCGGCUGUUAUCCUUAAAUGUCAUUAUUCUUCAACUUUGAAUGGUUUUCACGGCUACCAUUUAAAUUCUGGGCGUUGUAGUUAUAAUCAUUCUCAUCAAGAAGGUGAUUGAUGGAAACCUGAUAUGAAAUGAAGAAAACGAUAUGAUUUCCUGUUA